AUGUUAAAGAAAAUUGUUGUCAUUUCAAUCAGAGGGUGUUACAGAUCAGUUUGCAAUCACCCAUUCCUUGUUGCCUUUUUGGGGUUCUUGUUUUUUCUGUAUAGAUUUCUUCCAUUUCUGUUCUCUAUUUUGGUGUCUGCAUCCCCUGUCUUAGUCUGCACUGCUGUACUGCUUGGUACCCUCCUCAGUUUCGGGCAGCCAAAUGUGCCUGAAAUUGAAACAGAAGAAGAGAAGGUCACUCAUGGCAUCUCGUCCUUCCAAACUGGUUUCUCGGAAGGUUAUACUGUGGUUUCUCACAGAGAUGACAGGUAUUUUGUGAAAGGGUAUUCGGAGAUUAGAAGUGAUGUAGAUGACAGUGGCAUUGAUGAAGCCAGUUUGUUGGGUGAGAAAGAGGAUCAUGGCUUUCUUUCAGAUGCACUGCCAGAGCAAGAGAACUUCCAAAGUGAUCGGCCUGAUAAGAAAUUGGACGAGGAAGUGGAUAAGGAAUUUCGCAGUUUUGAGUUUGUAAAGAGGAGGGAAACCGCAGAGAACAUGAGGUCUGAAGGUGUUUCAAGUGACGAGGAAGCUAUUGAGAAGCAAUAUGUAAUGGUUGAAAAUGUAAAUGAUGAUGAUGAUGAUGAUGAUAUUUCUGAGAGUAAGAAUGAGGAAACUCCAGGAGAUCAUGCAGACCCUUCAGCCAGUUCAUCUUGGAAACAGGAGGAAGAUAACCAUGAUGAUGAUGAGGAAUCUGUGGAGUCGGGUUCAGAUCAGGCCGAGAGCUCUUCACCUGAUGCUUCUAUGGCUGAUAUCAUUCCAAUGCUCGAUGAACUCCACCCCCUAUUAGAUCCAGAUGCCCCACAACCUACUCUUUUGUCCCAUGUCACUUCUGGUGCUGUGUCUGAUAAGUCUCAGCAAAGUGAUGACGAGAGCAUUGAGUCAGACGGAGAUGCUGAAAAUGGUGAAGGGGAGGAUGGUCUUGACGAAGAGGGAGAAGAAACAGAUGGUGGCAAAGAGGAUGAAAGUAAAUCUGCUAUUAAGUGGACCGAGGAUGACCAAAAGAAUCUCAUGGACCUGGGAACUUUGGAGCUAGAGAGGAAUCAACGGUUGGAAAAUCUCAUUGCAAGGAGAAGAGCACGGAGAAUGAUGACCGAGAAGAAUCUAAUAGAUUUAGAUGUUGCUGAUCUUCCGUAUAUUGUUCCACCCAUAGCUACAUCAAGACAUAACCCGUUUGAUCUCCCUGAUGAGUCCUAUGCUGCCAUGGGAUUACCUCCCAUUCCGGGAUCUGCUCCAUCUGUUUUGCAGCCAAGAAGAAACCCAUUUGAUAUUCCUUAUGACCCAAAUGAAGAAAAACCUGAUCUUAAGGGAGACAGUUUUCAACAGGAGUUCUCAAUGUUCAAUCAAAAGGAUUCUGCAUUUUUUCGGAGGCAUGAAAGUUUCAGCUUGGGUCCAUCAGCAUUUGGGAUGUCCAAGCAUGAAAGGCAUGAUAUUAAUUGGAAACCUAUCUUUAUAUCUGAAAGGAUGGAUUCAGAGGGAACAAGCUAUUCAUCAUUCCAGAGGCAAUCAAGCGAAAUGAGUGAUUCAAAGUUGAGUUCUGUUCCAGAUACUGAAUCAGUUAGUUCCAUUGAUCAGGAUGAGAGGAAACUCGGUGAGCAAGACCUGUCUCGAGAAGCUGUAAUAAUAACUGAUGCUGAUCAUGCUUCUGAUGGUGCUGAACAUGGAAGCCAACCCUCCGGAGCAAAUGAUUAUGUUGAAACUGAGAAUAGCACCCUUCACCAUGAUGAAGCUGAAAUAUUGUUGGGUGGGAUGGAGAAUCCUUCUGAGAUGGAAUUCUAUCAUGACGCGAGUGAGGUUGAAACCCCCAGGCAAUUAAAUGCUGCGGAGACACAGUUGAGAGGUGAACCAAAUGAUGAUGACAGCAGUAGCAGCAGCAGAUCAAGCCAUUCUUCAGUAUCAGAAGUGAUUGACAAUAUACCUGAUGAAAAAAUGGAAAAAGAAGCAAAUAUUCAGCAUCAAGAUGGUCAUCUUGCAGAAUCUAGAGAAUCUAGACUUUCAACUCAAACUUCUGGGGAGGAAUCUAGAAUUUCAGCUCAAUCUUCAGGGGAUGAAUCUCAUUUCCAUAAUGCAAGUAAUGAGGUGGAAGACAAUCAACAUGUAGAACCUGUGUAUGAUUCUAGUCCACCUGCUGCUGAAAAGCUUGAUUCUUUUCCUUCAAUGUCUUCUGAUUCAGCCAUGGAGACUCUUGAGAGGGCAGUGCCUCCUGUUUCGGUUGAAAUGACGGCUAAUUUGUCAGAUAUGGAAUGUAAAGCACAUGAUGAGAGACUAGAGGGUAAUUCUUCUGGUCGUGUAGAAACUGAAGCAGCCCCUUCUGAACCACAUACUGGAGUAAAAAAUGAGCACCAUGUUCCUGCAGAUAGGAUUUCUGCAAUUUCGCCAAAUUCUGUUCAUCAGAGUGCACCUACUACACCUGAGUUUCAGGAUUUUGAUUCUCCUGAUUCAAACUAUCAAAUGGCUUCUGAAAAGUUGAAUAUAUUAGAUGAUAAAUUCGUGGGAGGAGGUCCAGAACCUGAUGAAGUACCAAGAUUUGAAAAUGCUAAUAUGCCUGAUUCUGCAGUACUAGAUUUACAGCAUUCACGAGAAUCUGUGCAAGCUCCUGCAGUUCAUCCUAGUGUUCGUUCUGAAGAUGAAGCCUUAUUGUCAAGAUCCAUGGAGCAAGGCAACAUUGAUCUUCGCCAAGAUUUUGACCAGAAAAUGGCUUCGUUUACAUCAGAUAGUCAACAUGAAAUUGAUGUGAAAUCUCCCUCUAAAAUGGAAAGUGUGCAGUCAAGCUCAGAUAAAUUAGUAGCUGGAACAUCUUCCAGUGGUCAUGAUGAAAAUGAGAUAGAAUCUGCGUAUGAUGUUGACACUUCCAACAAUGACGAAGUUGAAGAAUUGCAUGAUGCCACAGACCAAACUCCUCUAAAUGUCUCAUCAGCGACUUCUGAAAUAUCUGAGACUACUGAGUUCAAUUCACCUACUGGCGAAGUGGAUUUGGUAGUCAUUGGCCAUGAGGCUGUUGAUAAUGAAUACCUCAGUGAGGCACAAGAACAUCCAGAUACUUCGGCUGAGAGCUACACGUCUCAAGCUACCGAAGAAAGUAUCAAUGAUAUAAAGGAAAUUGAUGAAGGAUUCCUGAUGGAGUUGGACACUGUUGGGGAUUUUCACGUCAACAAAGACGGUGAUUUACUUCAUACUAACCACAUGCCCGAGAUCACAGCCUAUAUUGAUCAGGAGAUCCCUGCUCUUGAAGCAAGAUCACUUGAAGAUAUUUACUUGGCCUUUAAGCAGCUUCAAGAAGGAGUGGAUGUCAAGGAGGUCAUCGUUCCAAGUAUGAUUAAGGAUCAGCUUGAAAGUGAAGAAUCUAAAGAUAACUUGGAAGCUAAAUCAGACCUUCAUGUUGUUGAAGCUAGAUCUUUGGAAGAUAUUAACACUGCUUUGAUGCAAAUCCAGGAAGGUAAUCGACAGGAGCUGACAAAACCUUCGGAUUUGAAUGAGGGAUCAGUCAAAGUGGAAGCAGAUGGAGCUGGCUCAGCACAGGUGGGUGUAUUUGCUGAUGUAGCGGCCAGUACGGAGGAAGGGAACAGAACUCCAGGAGACGAAUUGGAAAAUGCACCUGUAAGUAGUUCCAGUAAAGAGGUGAGAACUCCAGAAGACAAAUUGGAAAAUGCACCUGUGAGCAGCUCCAGUAAAGAGACGAAAUCUCACACUAGGAAAUCUAGUUCCAGUUCCAGCUCCAGCUCCAGCUCCAGCUCCAGCUCAAGUGAUUCAGACUGAAACUGAGAAUUGAAAAGAAAAGAGGUUGAAGUUUCUUAUUUAUGGUGGUGUUUUAUUUCUUUCUUCACUGAUGAUGGUUUGGGAUCCUAGCAUUGGCACUGACAUGUGUUGGUCAAUUGUAGUUAGUCAGGUGAGGUUUCUAUAGUUUUGAUGGAUUUGGUUUCUUCAAGAAUGAUUUAUUGUUGGUUUUAUUUCUUGAAGUGUGGAGUUUUUUGGUUCAAUUUUACCCUCUUCUGAGUGUGGCCAGUUUGGUUUAUAGAUUGAGAGAGAUUAUUUUUCCAACAGUUGCAAGUUGUGUAGUCCCGUCCCUAAGAAAAGAAAAUUGGUGUAUUGUACAUUACAUUACAAUGUGAUUGUAGAAAUGUUUAUUUGGAGUUUUUUUAUUUAUUUAUUUAUUUUUGUA